UAAUUCUAGGAGAAUCGAGCAUGUUAUAAAAGGCUCGUAGGUUUGCUUCCCCUCCAAAACCCCCUCUCUUCAGCGAAAACCCUAGAUUCAAGACGCUAGGGUUUGAGAUAGCCAUGGCUGAUCCAAGAAUUUUCGGCCGAGGCGAAGAUUCUGAUCGCCGUCAAGAGCCAGGCCGCCGACUCUACAAUCCCUACAAGGACCUUGAAAUUCCCUACCGCGCCAUCUACGACCUACCUACCUCGCCGGAGUUCCUUUUCCAGGAAGAAUCCACUGCUCAGCGCCGUUCUUGGGGCGAGAAUCUUACCUUCUACACCGGUAUAGGCUACCUUGGUGGCGCCGCCAUUGGGGCUUCUCUUGGGCUUUAUAAAGGAGUUAACGCCGCCGAAGCUGGGGAUACAGCGAAAUUGCGGGUAAAUCGUAUCCUGAAUUCUUCCGGACAAGAAGGACGCAGGAUGGGUAACAGGCUCGGUGUCAUCGGACUUCUUUAUGCUGGGAUGGAAAGCGGCAUGGUGGCCGCAAGGGAUACUGAUGAUUGGAUCAAUAGCGUUAUUGCAGGGCUUGGUACUGGUGCGUUAUAUAAAGCUGCAAACGGACCAAGGUCAGCAGCGAUUGCUGGGGCGAUUGGAGGGUUGAUGGUGGGCGUUGCCAUGGCAGGGAAACAGGUGUUGAAGAGACAUGUUCCUAUUUAGGGUUUGUUCGUUAACUUCUUCACUGUUACCUUAAUCAGUGUUUGAUUUAUUAUGGAGUUUUGAAGUCAUAAAACUCGACAAAUUUUGUCUCUUAUAUAGCAAUGUGAAUAACUGGUGGAUUUAGGAUCCAUGAUCAGCGAUUGCGUUUGAUUAACUAGUCGACAAUUCAAUUUAGUUGCGUUUUUUAUGUC